GUGGACAAGGCAGAGAGAGAGAGAGAGAGAGAGAGAGAAGUUUACAGAGUGAGGGGAUAGAGAAACCACAGAACCUUCUCCUCGCUUCUGCACCUUCAGGACAAAGAACUCAAGUGUGGAAAGGGGACGAAAAAAGACAUGAAAAGAACAUGAAAGAGAGAAAGUGUCAUUAAGCGCACUACCAAGUUCUCUCUCUUCCCUACGACUCGCAUCUCUCUCAAUUUAAUCUUAAAUCCACUCCAAUUUCCCCCGAGAGACUCAAUUCUCCCUCUUCCUUGAGAGACAGAAGGAUAGAAGCCCAUUCCACGUGGCAGACCGGUUACCAGGAACUUCCUCUUUCCUUCGGCUUCACUUCCUUUGCUGUACUCCAGCAUGACACUCCUGGCCUCCGAGAGGUCGCUUCUCAUCAGGAACAAGUUCCGAUCAGUCCUGCAGCUGAGGAUUCAGAACCGAAGGCUGAGUGAAAUCAAUGCAGACCCAGGGUUGAAAUCUGCCUCCAAUCAUCAAAAACCAGAGAAAAAACAAAGUGAAGCUCAACGUCAAACUGAGGAUGGUGCCACUCAGAAAAUGCCCCCUGGUGGUCUGAGCACUGAAACUGCACAAGAGAGGACUGUAUGUGGAGCCCACAGGCAGAGGAAGGCUCGACCCUCACAGAACCUCACUGAGAGGAUCCAGCAACCUCCAGCGGCUGCAGAGCAACAGCUUGAGCAUACGCUGCCCCUGGAGAAUGGUACCUCCUCGUUCCCCACUGAUGUCUUCGAAGAGGAUAUCUCGUCCUCCCUUUCUUCUUUAAACACGGAGCAACAUGGCACUCUCCAAACGCCAUUUAUUUCCUCACUCCCUGGGCUCCCAGUUGACCAACCACUAAGUGACUGCUCAGCUGUGGGACUGACCCUUAAUGAUAAUCCCAGUCAUGCACAGUCUGGUUUGACGUUGCUUCCGGCAGCCUCUGGGAUCAGACAACCUCUGAGUGUGACGCUGGGUGAAUCAAACUCUUCGGCACCAACUGGAAGACCAAAUGGGAUGUUUCUAACCUCUCAGACUGCACCCCUGCUGCCAAAGACAGCUCAGCCUACCAGCCCAAUUAGCUCCUCGUCUUUGCCCCCUUCCCUAAACUUCAACCACCUUACCCGCCCACGGAAACCGAGGGACAUCAAACCCAAGAUGAAGAAACUCAAGUAUCAUCAGUACAUUCCUCCAGACCAGAAGGGAGCAUCUGGGACUGGAGCAGGAGGAGCUAAACAAAGCAGCCCUGCUCCUACCCAGCCUUUAGAUCCUGCCUACUCCCAUCUCCUGAAACAACAACAGGUCUUCCUCCAGCUUCAAAUUCUGCAGAGUCAACAGCAACAGCAGCAACGACUACAACCACAACAGCAGGUUACAGUGGUACCGAGUGGGGAUCACAAUGAUCUCGUGAAGCCUUGCGGAGCCACAUCGCUCAAUCUCCAACCCGUUCCCGUGGCAACAAGCCAAACUACAACAGACACAAAUCCUGCAUCCAAACCAGAGCUUCUUCCAUCAAAUCUUGUUGAUUUAACGGUAUCUGAGUUAAGGCAGCACCUGCGUAAGCGUGGGCUCCCCGUCUCUGGAACGAAGCCAACCUUGUUACUGCGUCUUCGUCCCUUCCAGCUGCAGCAUGCCUGCCCCAACCCUGCUCCCCUUUGUAAGCUGGGCACCAGCCUGGAGCCCCUCAUUUCCUGUGCCCCACUGCCACCCUGUCAGAGCCCUGGCUCCAGCCCUGGCUUUGGACUGAACUCGCCCGGCAGCAGCCCAAACCAACAGCUGUACAUCCAAGACAGGGGAAUUCCUACCGGGAUCCUCAGUGACGGUCCUAACAGAGAUUCAAAUGAAACUCUGAAUGCUGUCCCAGAAGCAUUCGCAAAUGCUACGUCUAUCAGUUUGGCAGGUGAACAGUGCAGCCUCGGCAGCACUGUGUUCUUGGAUCCCGCCAGCACCGCCUCAGGAACUCCAAGUCCCAGUUUGCCCAUGUCUUCUUCCUCACCCCUACAGUGUGGGACUCCCUGGAGAACUGAGAAAGAGCAGCAACACCAGCAUGAGCAGCGAGAGCAGCUAGAGCUGAGUGUGAAGGUAGAGAAGAGGGAGAGGAAGAAGAGCAGGCCUGGUGACUGCUAUAUGCAAGCUGGUACUGAGUCUGGGGAGGGCUCCCUACAUCCAUUCCUGCAACAGGAUCCAGGAUGCCUAAAAAGGAAGGCUGAACAAAAUGCACAAACAGAGUUGUUGUUUACUCAGUCAUGUGAUGUGAUUGGACAUGACUUUGAGCUGCCACUGCAGAUUACAGCAAGUCCAGUUCAGACCUCACCUGGUGUACGCAGCUUGGAGGAAGAGCUCCAGGAGGCGAUUCAGAAAGCCCAGAUGGACCCUCGGCAGUCAAUUGACGACAUUCUAGAUGAGCCUAUUUCUGAUGGGUCUCUUGAGGCUGCAGCACACCCAGUUCCUGAACAAACCCCUUCCCCUCAAACAGAACAGCCUCAGCCAUUUCAACAACAGGAUGAAAACUUCCUGCCAUCACCCCUUUGUUCCUCCAUCCUACUGGAGCUCCCUCCAUCUCCUGCUGUUAUAAACCCAAGUCAGGUGGUUCCUGCUCCUCCACCUCUCCCAAUAUGCACUUCCCCUAUGCCUUCAAACCGAAAGUCCCGGAAACGACGGGCUCCCACAUCGUUUGACGCUGCCGAUUGGCUCGAAACCCUCACAUCAGGCCUCCAUCCUCUCACGCCACCAAAACCUCCCUUUGUUGAGUCCGAUUUUAGUCUGGAUUCUGAUCUAAAUGUGAAUCGUGUGCUAGAUCUUUUGAUAGAACAGUGGUGAAGAUUUACAAUUGUGCACACACAAGGUUCCUUGGAAAAGUAUUCCUACCAAAUGAAAAGUCGUCAUUUUGUCAAGUUUUAACCACAUACCUAAAUUGAAACCCUUUGAAUUGUUAGGAUAACAUAUAAAUGUAGUGAACAGAUGUGAAGUGAAAGGAUGAAUUGUUUUCAAAAUAUUUUACAUGUAAGAAUCUGAAAUGUGUGGCAUGAAUUGUUAAUUAUUAAGCCUUUCUCCUUGAUCUUGGUUAUGUUAGUUGUUCACAGAGGUCACUAUAUUCUGAGAAUGAAACAGAAGUAGGUUAACUGUCUUCUCUAAUUAUUUGAAUAUUCUAAAUGCAAGAGAUAAGAUUUUAUUUAGGAGAACCAGAGUAAGGAGGGCAAAUUUUACAUUUUACAAAAUAUUUUGAAAACAGUGUUUUAUUUUCCUUCCACAUUACAUAUGCACUACCUUAUGUUUGUCUAACAUACAAAAUCCAUAACAUAAAAAUUUGGACUUGGCAACCUGUGAAAACCAUCAAGAGGUAUGAAUACUUUUGCAAAGCACUAUAUGAUUGUAAUUCUUUUUUAUGUAUAGAAGCUGAUUAUCAUUUUUUUCCUGACUGUAAUGAAUUGCACAAAAUGUGUACGUUCCACGUUCCCUGACUGAACCGCUGCUGGAGUCAAUGGUUCCACGCAAUGUCGAGAGCCAACUUCCCAGCAGCCUUUGGUCAGACACUGCUCUGAUAGGACACUGAGAACAAGAACAGAGAUGUAGCCAUGCACCCCAUGAACACAGACACACUGCAGGGGGGGUGCUUUGAAGCACUUUGGCUCAAGCAGCAAAAGAAAACCUGACGACUUAUUAAGUUGAACACAGUUCCUGGCUGUGCUAGGAGAGUCAGUUUUUGACUUUUCUCCAGAACCCAUUGUUGGAUUGGGUUGAGUGUGACGCCCUGGUGUUGACUCAGUCUGUGAGUCACAGCCAUUCAAAAAGCCCAUUCAGAGUAUGUGAAAGCCAGACAGAGUGCACAGCUUGUGUGUGUCUCCAGACCUUAACCUUGAUGCCAGACGCACAGUCGGUAUAUGGAGGAGAAAACCUGGCAGACUCCCCAACAAGAAGAGUGCACCUGCCCUCUGAAUGUACUUUAUGUCUGUAUAAAGGUAUGUAUGCUUUUAUUGUUUUUUCUAAAUGUGUAAUCCUGCACAUAGCUUUAUGUAUGUAUGCAUAAAUGCAAAAAUGCUCUGCGUUUACUUACAAAUUAUGCCAAAUUAAUCAGAAGUUAAUUGUUUACUUACCGUUAAAGGUUAUUAGAGAUGAAGUAGGAUGCAGAAAAACUUGUAUUUCAGCAUUCUCACUUCCUCCUUUGUCACUAUUUCUGUUAAGAGCACAGAGUAUAAUAAUCAGAAAAAACAACAUACAUCACCUUUUGAAGUCAUGACAAUGCAGGAAAGCAAUCAGGCAGCCAAAAAAAAGAAAGUUUUUACAAAUGCACCAAGGUGCACAUGGUAACAUAGCAAAAACAGGUGGUCAUUGUGUUCCCUGAUUAACCUCCAAUGGCUUCUGCCUCCUGCUGGGUGCUCACCCUGUUGCAAUUUAUUCCAGUUUUAGUACAACUUAUUACCAAACACAGAGGCGACACCUGCUCAAUUAGAGUAAAUUAAUUCUUCAAUACUGUUAACAUGCGUUAUUAAAAUGACUAUUGCAUUAUUACAAGAUGCAAAACACCAAAUACACCCACUGGCCACUUUAUUAGGUGUACAGUUUUAAUUGCUUGCAAACAUAAGCAGCGACUCAGUCAUCACAUGGCAGCAACUCGGUGCUUUUAGGCAUCAAUGGGGCAGUUAAGUUACAGCCAAGCACCAAGAAAUGCAUGGCUCUAAACAAGACAUGGUUGUUGGUACAAGUCUUGAGCUCUGAAAUAUGUCAGAAACUGCUGAUUUAUGGGAUUUUUAAUGAAGAACCAUUUUUUGGGGUUUGCUAGGAUUUUUUUCAAAGGUUCUGUUGGAAUGAAUACAUUUUUGAUGUAAAAAGACAAUACAUAGAUUGUUAACUAUCUCUGUUAACUAUCUCUGCCCCUGCAGCUAAGUUUCACAUAAAAUUCAGAUGUUAGAAUCAGAAUAUGAUGCACUCUAGAUGAAAACAUUGACCCAUCCCACCAUAUAGAUUUAUUUUAACUUUGCAAUGAGUUCACAAUAAUCCAUUGGCCUCCUCCAUCACCAGUUCUCAGUCUAAUGAACAGAACACUUUUUGGGUGUGCAGGGAACAUGAUAUUCACAUGGUGGAUGUACUGAUGAUGAAUCCUAAUCUUAAAGGUAUUAAGGUAUUAAUGAAUCAGUUAAAUGUCCUGCGCCCCAGUCCAACACAUACAUAGAAAUUUUGUAGUUAUUUUGUUUUAUUUUUGCUGGUUUACUGGUUGCAUUUUACUUGUCAUUUGUUUGCAUAUAAACUUUCAGUUACUGAUGUCCAUUUUCAACCCUGCUGAACAAAACUGUAUAAAUGAACCAAAAUCUGAUGGAGGUCAGCAGGCAUUAACCUCUCUGUACCUCACUAAUGUAAUUCAGAUAAAGGAUCUAUCUAAAGAACAUUAUAUUGUGAUUUUAAUUGGCUACGCGUCCCAUCUAUCAUAUUGGAUAGUCUGGACUGAAUCCUUUUAAUCAUUUGGCCACCCUUUCUGUUGGAUCGCUUAAUAUUCUGUCAGGUUCCUUAUCCGUUAAGGAAAAUUUUAUCUGCAAUGUAUUUUUUUUUUUUUGUAAAGCACACAGACAUUUUUAGAUCUACCUCCCCAUGUAUGUUCCAAUCAUGAUGUUUCUUUGCAAUGUUCCUGCAUUAUUUCAGUCUUUCUGAUGAUAAAUAACCAACACUGAAUCAAAAUAAGAUUAUCUGAACAUUGGCAAACCUUCAGCACAAAGCUACAGCUUUAUGAUAAAGUAGCUUUACAGCAGCUUUCACUAUGGAGACGACAUGGUAAAAAAUGCAGUUAAAUGUGGAUGGAUGGCUAUGAUAAUCAUAGUGAUCAAUAAAUGUUGCCUGCUGCAAGAAAAAAAGAGUAAAAUUGAUAGGCGGGAGAGUAAGAUGCUACCUCCUGUGACUUCCACUGCUUAAGGGCUGAGGCUCCUGUUUGUCUUGUUUCUUAUUUAAUUUCCAAAAAAAGGGAGAGUGAGAGAGAGGUUUCUUGUGAAACCUCUGUAAAAGUGUAACUGGUUGAAUAUUUCUAGUUUAAAUAAGAGAAAUUGGAACCUGGGACAUUCGACUGUUUUAGGUAACUGUGAUCCAUUUUGCCAGUUGCUGCUAUAAUUGAUUUAUUGUGAGAAGGCACAUAUGUUGGUGUUUAUUUAUGUAUUUAUGAUGGUUUCUGUGCAAAAUGUAUGUAAAAGAAAGAUAAAUUAAAGUCUUAACAGAUCUUA